AAGCCUUUGAACGAUCAGCGACGACGGCGUUACUUUUGGCGCGGAUCAAGCAGCGACACUUUUUUUUCGUUGGGCAGGCGCCUCCUGUCACCAAACAAACAACAAAAACAAACAAAACAACCAAUCAAACAACUAAACAGCUAAACAAACAAAUAAACAAACAAACAAGCAGCAAACAGACAAGCUAAAACAAACAAGUGUGCAUUUUUGGUUCGAGUUUCCUUUGAUUUUCAUCGCUUACAUUUCUUUUUUUGCCUGUGUUCCUUAAACAAAAAAUAUAAAUAUAUAAUAUAUAUAUAUACAGAGAAAAUAUUGUAAUAAUAAAAUAUAUAUAUAUAUAAUAUAAGCACAAAAGCCAGCAAACAUUGAAAUCGCAACAUCAGCGAACAGUAAACAACAGCAAACAACAGCAAACAAAUCAGCCGACGGCCGAGUGGUUAAAGUGCAACGCCGACGGACUCGAAAAAGAUAUCAGAUACAGAUACAGUUAGAGAUAGAGAUACAGAUUGAGAUACAGUUACAGAUACGGAUAUCUGGGCGCUGGGCUUAAUAAUCCUUUGGCGAUUUGGCUCACCUUCGCUUUUUUUCUGAGUGCGUGUGUGCUUGUGCUGUAUAUUGUAUUGUGCUGUGUGCUUGCCAAAAACCCAUAGCCAUAUAUUGUCCAUAUGUCCUUAAUGUCUUUCUCCCUUUACCCAAAAAAAAAAAAAAUAAAUAAACCAGUGAGCCUGUUCUGCAACAAUAGCCAUAAAGAAUAUACAAGAUAAACAAAACAAAACAAAACGAAACGAAAAACAAAACUAAACCAAAAAUCCCCGAAACAAUUGUGAACCCAAGUGGGCAGAGAAAAACAAAACAAAAGGCAGUCGCCACGAAAAAAAGACACCAUCAUUGUGCGCCUCAAAUUGACAGCAGCAGCAACUGCGGCAGCAACGACAACUGCAACUGCAACUGCAGCAGCAGCAACUGCAGCAGCAACAUCCGCAGCAGCAGCAGCAGCAGCAACAGCCACAUCAACGACUAAAAUGCUAACGGACAUGACCCCGACCGCCGGUCAGCUCUACGGAUCCCAGAUUCCGGCCAUGGGCAUGAACAUCACCAACAUCGCCACACACUUGCAGAAGCCACAAGUUAAUCCGGAUCAUCCCAGCCUGAGGGGAACCCCGCUGGCCAUGUUGGCCGCCCAGUGCAACAAACUCUCCAACAAAUCCCCGCCCCCUUUGGCCGAUGCCGCCGUGGGCAAGGGCUUCCAUCCGUGGAAGAAGAGUCCCAAUUCCCCGGCAGCGGGAUCUAGUGGAGGUGGCGGAGGUGGAGGAGGUGGUGGUGGCCAGCACUCACCGUGCGCCAUCUCGGCGGCCAGCUCGUCCAGUUCCAGCGGCUCCAGCGGUGGCCACUCCUCCAGCAGGAGCCUCUCCGCCAGCGCCAGCACCAUGGUGAACAUCACGGCUAGCAUCUAUCCUUACAGUCGCCCCCUGGCCUCCUCCUGCGCGGCGGUGGGCGGCGGUGGCUCCGCCUCCGGAUCCUCUGGCGGCUCCAGCGGCUCGUCGGCGUCCUCCUCCUCCUCGUCGGCGGCGACGGCGGCGGCGACGGCGGCUGCGGCGGCGGCCGCCUACGGCAGCGAUCUGUACUUCCCCAACGCGGCGACGGCCUCGAACAUGGACAACCAUCACAUGCACCAGGGCCUCCUGGGCAAAGUGGAGGCGGCCGGAGCGGCCGCCUUCGGGGGCGUCUAUUCGCGCCAUCCCUACGACUGGCCCUUCAAUGCGGUCGGCCACAAGGAGGCCAGCGUGAACUCGGGCUGGUGGGACAUGCACAGUGCGGCCGGCUCCUGGCUGGACAUGGGCGGUGCCGCCGGCAUGCACUCCACCAUGGCUAACUACGCCAGCGAGAACUACAGCUCCGCCCUGAGUCACUCGCUCUUGAAUUCGGGCCAACACCUGCUGCAGGACACCUACAAGAGUAUGUUGCCGGGUCAGGGUGUGGGUGUGGGUGUGGGCGUGGGCAUGGGUGGCUUCUCCCUGCCGCACAGCUCUCCGUCGGCGGCGGCGGCUGCAGCGGCGGCCACGGCAGCGGCGGCUGCCGUCAGUGUGGGCUCACCCCAGGGUGGUGGCUCCAAUUCCACGCCCUCGCCGCGCUCCCAGCGGCGCUAUGCCGGGCGGGCCACCUGCGACUGCCCCAACUGCCAGGAGGCAGAGCGCCUGGGUCCAGCCGGCGUCCAUCUGCGGAAGAAGAACAUCCACUCGUGUCACAUACCCGGCUGCGGCAAGGUGUACGGGAAGACGUCGCACCUGAAGGCUCACCUGCGCUGGCACACCGGCGAACGUCCCUUCGUGUGCAAUUGGCUGUUCUGCGGCAAGCGUUUCACACGCUCCGACGAGCUGCAGCGCCACUUGAGGACGCACACCGGCGAGAAGCGCUUCGCUUGCCCCGUGUGCAACAAGCGCUUCAUGCGCAGCGACCAUCUGGCCAAGCACGUCAAGACGCACAAUGGUACGGCCCACGGUAUCGGUAUCGGUGCCAAUGGUCUGAAAAAGGGCUCCUCGGAGUCGUGUAGCGACUCGGAGGAGGCCGCCAACCAGUCGGGCGAGUCCAACGGGCUGGGCGGCGUGGGCAGUGGCCCACAGACGGGCGUCGUGGGCGGCGGCGGGGGUGGCGCUGGCAGUGGUUCUGUGUCCGGAUCCGGUUCCGGUUCCGGUUCGGUAUCGAGCAUUGCCACUAGAAGCGGUGGCUCACCCAUCAAUUGUAGUGGCAAUUCGAGCACCAGCACCAGCAACAGUACCAAUUCCGGCGGUAAUUCACAAGCCGGCAGCCAUCCCGGCACCCCCACUUCGUUGCAUGCGCACAGCGCCAAUGGCACGUCCAGCAGCCUGCUGGGCGGCGGUCUGCACCUGGCCACGCCGCACCAGAUGGUCGCCGCGGGCGGUUCGCCGGUGAUGUUGCAGCAUCAGCAGCAUUUGCAGCAGCAGCAACAGCAGCAGCAGCAACAUCAUCAUCAGCAGCAGCAGCAACACCAACAGCACCAGCAACACCAACACCAGCAGCAGCAGCAACACCAGCAGCAGCAGCAGCAACAACACCAGCAACAUUUGCAGCAGCAACACCAACAGCAGCAGCAACAUCUCCAGCAGUUUGCACAGCAGCAACAGCAGCAGCAGCAGCAACAUCACCACCUGCACCACCAUCAUGCCCACCACCUGACCAGCAGUGGCUCACCAGGUCUGGAUGCCAGCCACCUAGUAGACAUCAAGCCACCCAUGGUUUGAGGUUCGCUGGGACCCUUCCUGUUUACCAACUAAAAAAAAUUGGGGGCAAACAAGGAACAGGGUUCCAUUAAACCUAUGGCAACAAGCAACAAUUUCUUUGACAAAAAAAACGCUGGCCUUUGUAUAUAUAGCCAGCAGUGAACAACUUAACUGUACAUAUACACUAAAAAAAAUCAGAUGAAAAGAACAAAAUAUGUGUCUAUUGCGCUAAACUAAACAAACAUACAUAUAAACCUAUUGCUUAUAGCCUAUUAUAGCCUAAGCCAUUUCUAGAAUAUCUAGUUGUUCUUUUUCGAAACAGAAACACAAACAGAAAAAAGAAAAAAACUUUUUUUUUAAUAUUUUUUUUUUUUUUGAACUAGACCUAUGUAUAUGUAAUUUUUUUUUAAUACAUACUAAGCCUAUGAAAUAUUAACCAAGAGACAAGCUUCGAGCACCCAACAAAACAAAAAAAAUUAUGCAAUUCUAAACGAAGAUAUAAAAUAUAUAUAAAUAUUGAAAGCGGAGGAAAACAUCAACAUAAAUAUAUUUCUAGUCCAAUUAUGAAGUGUGAGCGAACCAAAAUUG